AGGGGGCAGUUCCUUUCUUUCUGGGGUUGGGCUGAACCUUCAUUCUGUUCUCUUUAAGUUUGCGCUUACUGCAAGAUCAUAGAACAGCAAAUUGUAAAUAUUGUAGUGGUAAUUUAGUUAAGUAUGCAUGUUGCGUACGGUACAGCCAGCAGGCUGUGAAAACGAAAAUAUUUUGUCGUUGGUUGUUUUGUGCUCUCCGAAAGACAAUGAGGUGAUGACAGAUCUGUCCUCUGCUAGCUGGCUAGAUCCAUUACUGACGACUCCUUUCCUCAGCUGUGCGCUUAUGAAAAUGAGCAUUAAGAAAUUGUCAAGAUGGCACCAGCUAUAGAAAUUGGAACGUGGUGGCAGUUUUUUCCUAAGGGAUUUUAAAUCUUGAAGCAGCUUGGUGGAUUAUUAUGUACAAAGGAUGCUUUUCUCGUUUAAGUAUUUUGCAUUUGCGCUUUUUCUCUCAGUAUGUGUCGCCACUUAGCCAGUGGCUGCAUUGCAUCAGUCGCCUUGGACUCGCACGCAAUUCUAAGAGCUGAAUAUAUUCAAUGAUGGGCAAAUACCGUUACGCCGCAUUACGGGCACCAGAUGUGUUUGGUCUGUUGGAGCACAAACUGCACAACGAGGAGCUUUUCACGUAAACGUCAGACCAGGAAUAGAUGUAGUUAAUCCAUUUGUAGGCUACUGCGAUUAGCUACAGUUAGUUAAGUAGCUACAUUGCGCGUGAAGUGCUAUGCUAUAUUAACUUCUGGUGUCGGCUAGGCGUAUAUAAACAGUGUACAUUGAAAUUCUGCCUGAUUUGUAAACAUAUGCAAAUGAUUUAAUAUUAGCCGGACUUCACUAACAUUAAUGCACCAAUGCAAUGAAUUUUAUUCAUAACAGAAAUGGUUAGACUUAUCAUUAACAGUUCUGCUUUGCAAUGGGUACACGCGCAAUUUAGUUAAUGGAAUGCAUAUUUAACAGCAAACUAGCCAUCCAUUCGGCCUGGUUCGUGUGACUGACAAGUGUCUUCGCUGGGACGAGCGACAAGAGUUGAGUGAAUAUGGAAGAGUCGCUGUCACCUGACCCUCUAUCCUCGCUGGACGUGGAAAUAGACCCAGAUUUUGAGCCACAGAAAAGGCCAAGGUCCUGCACGUGGCCUUUGCCUCGACCAGAGUCCAAUGCAGGAAAACCUGGAUCUACUGACAAUGAGAUUAUUCCCGAGGAAGGGGACGAUGACGCUGCCACUUCAGUCACUAGUGGCACAAACGGCAUAGUGAGCUACAUCUCCACUACGGGGGGUGACGGAAACAGUCCCAAUGCUACUACCGUGGAAGACAUUAAAGCUGCGUCCGCCAUCCUGCAAAAGUCGGGUUCGCAGCUUUCCUCGCUUUCUCCUGCAGCGCCUGGGGCUGGUCAGGGGUCCCAACAACCGAGAAAGUCGUCUUCGCGCAGGAAUGCGUGGGGUAACCUUUCGUACGCAGACCUUAUCACAAAAGCCAUCGAGAGCUCGCCUGAAAAAAGACUCACCUUGUCCCAGAUCUACGACUGGAUGGUUCGAUGUGUGCCAUACUUCAACGAUAAAGGCGACAGCAACAGUUCGGCAGGGUGGAAGAACUCCAUCCGGCACAACCUGUCUCUCCACAGCCGCUUUGUGCGGGUGCAGAAUGAGGGAACUGGAAAGAGCUCCUGGUGGACGAUAAACCCGGAUGGCGGGAAAGGGGGCAAGGCCCCUCGGCGGCGUGCUGUAUCCAUGGACAACAGCAGCAAGUAUGCCAAGAGCCGUGGCCGUGCUGCCAAGAAGAAGGCUGCCUUGCAGAUAUCCCAGGAUGUUGGGUCUGAGAGCCCCUCGGGUCCCUCCAAGUGGCCCGGCAGCCCCACGUCACGCAGCAGCGAGGACCUGGACGCCUGGACAGACUUCCGCUCCAGAACCAGCUCCAGCGCCAGCACACUCAGCGGCCGGCUCUCACCCAUCCUGGCCAAUCCCGAGCUGGAUGGGGUGCCAGAUGAUGAUGACCUGCCCCUCUCCCCCAUGCUGUACUCCAGCCCCAGUGGCACAUCCCCCUCAGUGGCCGCCCCCGGUCCUGCUGAGCUCCCCCGGCUCGCUGACCUGACCGGCACCAUGAACCUCAAUGAUGGACUGCACAACGACAUCCUGGAUGACCUCCUUGACGAUGUUGCUCUGACCCCGCCCCAUGAAGCCUCUCCAGGCACCGGCGGGAGUGGUGACAGUGCAGUAAGGGGUUCAGGCCUCAGUGCUGCUGGCUAUGCCAGCUCUAUCUUCGGCCCACCGUCAUUGGCGGGCCUGCGCCCAUCACCCAUGCAGACCAUCCAGGAGAACCGCCAAUCCUCCUUCUCCUGUGGCACACACUUCACUGCUGAUACCCUGCAAGACCUGCUAGGCUCUGCCCCCCAUGCCCACAGUGAUGUAAUGAUGACACAGUCGGAUCCACUGAUGUCACAAGCCUGUGCUGCUGUGUCUUCACAGAACCCUCGGCGUGGCGUCAUGCUCCGCAGCGACCCUAUGAUGUCCGGCCAGGGUGGCUCCGUGGGGAAGCCCUCAGCCGUCCGUCACCAGGCCCAGCGUCAGAGCUCCUUGCCAGCUGCAUGGAGGGCUGGUUUAGUCGGAGAGAUGAGGGACCUGGUCUCCCUCAAGCAGCAGGCCCUGUCCCCUGGAAACAGUCUGUCUUUGCACCAGGGCUCGUCCGACUCCUCCUCGUACUCCAGCCUUCAGCACUCUGCCCAGGACAGGUUCCCCAGUGACCUAGACCUGGACAUAUUCACGAGCAGCCUGGACUGUGACGUGGAUUCCAUUGUCCGCUCAGAGCUGAUGGAUGCCGAUGGGAUAGACCUCAGCUAUGACUCCCUAACCUCUACUCAGAACGCUGUGACCCUUAGCAUGGGUGGGUUCACCAGUGCCAAGCAGGCCACCUCCCAGAGCUGGGUGCCAGGGUGAGGACCCAGGGGUUAAAAAAGUCCAUCUGUGAUGCAUGACCCAACAUGAUGUCUUUUGCCAAACCAGCCAUCUGCAUAAUGUGGACGCCAGUCAGUUUAUAGAACUGUCCUCAGAACCUUUCCAUCGCUACUACAGAAUCAAGAAAUAAUGACUGGAGAAAACUUGCUGAACUCAGCUUUUUAUGAAGUUAUUUGCAAAAAGAAUUCUGAAUUAUGCACUGCUUAUUUUCAAUGUAAAAUGUAACAACCACAUGCUGAUAUAAAGAAUUUGGGGGGUUAACAUAAGUUGUGUGAGUAUAAUGUAUCCCUUGGUGUAGUUUUUAUGAAAAAAAGUGAUUUGGUAUUAUUUGUACAGUGGGACACUGAAUAUUUUAGUUUUCAUUUCUUCCUAUAUAUUUCUCUCAGUGUUUAAAAUACGUAAAGUCACCCCAUUCCUCUGCAGCAGAGCAUGUGAGUGGAGCACAGAGCGAACAGAGUGGACAUAAUUUGACUGGAGUGCAAAGUGGGGUUUCAAAGGAUGGAGCGUCUGUCUUCCCUCACUCCAAUAUUGUUCAAUCGCAAGCUUUGCACGUGAGCAGACAGAAAACUUGGCCCAGUGGGCCUACACAGCUUCCCCAUUCCCAACUCCUACUCUGUAGCAAACAAUUAGCUACUUGUGCUAAGUGGGUUAAAUAUUUUUCCAAGGAAACUGACAAAUAGGUGCACCAUGAAAGUAUACUGAAAAGAGCAGAAUGUAGAGAGAGAAUGUGGUGAUAUUGACCCAUUCCUGUAUCUAGUAAUUUCCAUGUCUCGUUCAAAAUUCCUCAUUUAUAUAUUGAAUGUAUUAAAUAUAUGUAUCUAUUCCACAAAGUCAAAGACUCUCCAGUAACUCUUGUUUCAUUGUAAUUGUAGCCUAUACAUUUUAUUAAUUAGCUAUGUCAAGGCUAACUAUCAUUUCACGUGCACAUACACUGUUAGGUAUUGUGUACACUGUAAAAGUUAAAGUAAUAAAUUGACUUGUUUUCCCUCACUUUAUGGGUGUUUCCCUAUAACAGACCAUUUUCCGUAAAAUUAAAAGGUAACCUACACCCAUUAAAUAACAAAUGCGAUAAAUUGGCUCGUUAAACACAUUCUUUAUAGGGGAGAGUUUAUUCAAGAAUGUAACAGUUCUUGGAUUUUGCCAAUUUACUCAGAAAAUAUUUAUCUAAGCACACAGGAAUUUUACUUCAAAUAGCUUUGACAUGUCAGUAGUCAUUAGCUGUUUCAAUUACAUUCAUAACUUCAUCGAGUUGGAUACAAUUAAAACCAAAGUACAUGCAGUCUGAUGUUACACUGUUGGUAUGAUUGUAAUAGAGGAAUAAUUUCUGCAGUAAAUGAAAACUAUACUAUAAUGUGCGUACGCAGGUUUUUUCUGCACAUACUAAUGUUAACCAAGGAAACACAUUUCCAGUGGUAACGUGAGAUCAGCCACACUGUCAGAAGCAUGAGGCUUUAUUCAUGAAAAAACACUUCAAAAGACCACAAAGCCAACCAGCAGUGUUAAGCGCUUAAAAUUAACCACAAUGAUUAAGGUAUAACUGAAAAAAAGACGAGUACAACAGAACAAAAAGGGACAAAAGAACAAAACACAAUAGUCACGGUGUGUUGUGGUGCAUGCCUGCAGGAUCAGAGUGUGACUGCCUCAAAUUGGCAUCUUAUAUAGUAUGUGCAGGGUUUGCACCCGCAUCUGAACAGUGCACACGCAUCACCUGUGCUGCAGCCUGUAACAGACAAAGAACACACAUGCAAACCAAAGCACACUCACAUGACAGAAAGAGAAAAAAUUACAACCAAAUUCAAAUAUAUAAAUUAACUGAUAGUUUUUUUAUUACUCUACUAGCCUAUAGAAAAUAUUUUAGUGAUUAGACUUGCCUGGGUUAAAUGAUGCUUUAAACCAAAAAAGGAAAAACAAACAGUGAAUUUUGAGAUAAACAUUUCUUUCAGUGAACAAGCGGCGAGCGAUUUUGGAGCAAAGCGGUGAAAAGGACAUGGAGCGGGGGCGCGAUGCACAAACACAUGCUUAUGAUCAAGAAGUGACAUUUCCUACCACUCUGCUCUGCUCACAUGCUCUGCUCCCCAAUUACUUUAAUGCAAGAACUUUAAAGGGCAUUGGUUCCAUUUAGGCACUUUAUCAUUUUGCAUCAGUGUUCUCAAUACUACAAUACUUUAAUUAAAUCUCUCUAUCCCCUUUAAUUGUUAUUAUUAGCCCUGUUAAUGUAGCGGUAAUUAAUAUUGGGGAGAUUCUAAAUGUUCAUGUGUUUGUAACUGUAAGUAUCAAGGCCUUGGCAUUGAAAAGGUGUUGUUUGUGGGACGGAAGAUCAAAUUGAAGUUUCGGAUUUGUGUUACUGAAGCCCAGUCUCGUGUUGGUAUGAGCAUUUUUGGUAUGAGUUUUUUCCCAUCUGAAAACGAGAACUCCCACCAACCACAAAAAAACAUCUGCACCAGAAUGUUACCAGGCAGAAUUAUGUGAAGAAAUACAUUACAGAGAAAAUUAUAAGCUACUGCAUGCUGCCAAACUACUUAAAUAUUUCAGAAAUGCUGGCAGACAAAAAACUGAUAAAAACAAGAAAGUAAGUAACUUGGGUAACUUGGGAGUUCAUGGGAACAUGGAAAAUGGGCAAAAUCGGAAAAGGAGUAUCUUGAGCACCAUCUUGCAGGCACAAAAGACCUAUCAACAGGUAGCCAGGCAGAAGACUCCAUGUCAUGCUGGUCUACAUUUAUUUUUCUUUGUAAGAAAUGGAUAGUAGACAUAACACUGUCCGUAGCACAGUAUGCUCGUGUUGUACUUAGCCUUCAUUUUUCUCAUGAUGUUAAAAAUGGCAGACAGUAGAUGUGUCGCUAUGGAGAGAAGGUUCUGGAAUAUUGGUUCAGUAGGCUUUUCUGUUCUCUAAUGUGCUGUAAUAUAUUCUGAGAAAGAGAUAUGCAUGGCAGGGUCUGCAAUUGCAUUUAGCGAUGAAACCUGAUAAAAUGCAUGCCCCUCAUCCAUCCCAGUACACACACACACACACACACACACAGUUAAGGUACUGAUCAUCUGCACAGUACACACAGUGGAGGGACCACCUGUUCCUGAAAAAUGCCCCAAAAUGCUGCAGCUACAGCAACUGCCAGCAGCUCUCAUUUGUGUAGUAAUAUACCUAGACAGGAGAGCAGAAGACAAGGCCAUGAGCCAGCUGCUGUCUUUAAAUAUGUGCUGAAUAAAUCAUGCUGUUUUUCAGUUGGAUACCGGCCAGGGGGAUGUGAGGAGAGGUGAGCAAAUCCAGAUUAGGGAAACUCGAUAGGCGUGACCUUUGACCUCAGUUUAAUGGCAGGUACCAUCAAAGGGAGCAGGUUUGUGUUUAAGUGGAAACCUCAAUUAGGCCACCUCUCCAUGGGUGCCAGGUUUAGAUCUAGCAGGGAAAAGAGAGAGAAGUAUUUUUAGCAAUGGCUUGCAUCAGGAUUAGGGCUGCUUAGCCUGUGACCUGGCCCCAUUGGAUGGGAGAAGAAAUGAAAAAUCCCAGUUCUCCAUUCCUCCCAAAAGGCCAUACUGUAGGUGCCUGUGUGUGUGCACUUAUGAAUUUGUGCACACAUUGUUUUUUUCUUUUGUGCAGUUAUCCUGCAAUUGAUCCCAUGAACUAAUGACCCAUGAAAGUUUACACUGAUGUACCUCCCAAAAUUCACUGAACACACCUGCUUUCCACCUGCUCUAGCAUUUUCUUGUUCACUUCCCUCACCACCAACCACCCCACUCCAAAGGCCUCUUCCACCUCAAACAAAAUUCAGACUGUACUGGUAUCACAUGGACAAUGGCAAUUUUACACCACUCAGCAGGUGUUGAACAUGUUGGUGUUGAACAUGUGGGGACGACAUAGCUAAGGAGGUAAGAGCGGGUGUCUGGCAGUCGGAGGGUUGCCGGUUCGAUCCCCACCCUGGGCGUGUCGAAGUGUCCCUGAGCAAGACACCUAACCCCUAACUGCUCUGGUGAAUGAGAGGCAUCAAUUGUAAAGCGCUUUGGAUAAAAGCGCUAUAUAAAUGCAGUCCAUUUACCAUUGUCAUCUGUUUGUUGCUGGAAGUCAACAUGGCCUGCUUCCCAAUGGAGGUAGAUGUUGUUCAAAGUAGAAAGCACAAUUAAAGCUAAAAUAAACUCCCUUUAAGGGCACCUAGUGCUGUUUUCUGAACCUAGUGCAGUUUUUUUUUACAUGACAGCAAACACUCAGCAGGAAUUGUCUUAAAGGGAUAGUUCACAUUUUUUAGACCCAGGCCUGCUAAGCUACUCACCACAAAUUAUGUGAUGAACUUGGAGACAUGUCAGGCUCAAGCCUGACUCAAGUAUGCAUAGCUCACUCUCUGUUAGCUGUUAGCUUUGUUAACUAAAUAACACUGAUUUAAUGAUGAGCUGAGAAUCACCCCUGACAGCUGUUUAACAAAGGCACUAUUAAAAACAGAACUUAAAUAAACACUUCUUCAUAUGUUUAUUUGCUUGCAUAAAUACAUAUCUUGUCAUCAAAAUGGGCCAAUAUAGCCAAAAACAGUAUUAUUACUAUGGACAACUAUAUCUUGCACCUACUCGAGGCAGGAGGGCUCGAGCCCGACAUGUCCCCCAGUUUGUGGCCAGUACCUCAGUGGACCUGGGUCUAAAAACUCUGAACGAUCCCUUUAGGUGAGAUUGACAUUAAUUUAUGUUCAGGGUUUCUUACAUACCCAUUCAGAAAAUAUGCAGUACUCACAAUAUACUUUUUUAUUGAGCAGUGCAUUUAAACAUUAGAAAUUUUUGUUAUUUAUGGUGCAAGUGUUGCACUUCUGCUGUUAUGAAACUAGGAUGAUUUCAGCUGUACUUUGUUUUGGGCUGAUCACAGCACUGUCUUGAAAAUUAACCCCAGGAAUAUAAAUGCUUUGCUGGACAUACAUGCAACCUUUCCUUGAGUUUUACUUUGUAAUUGAACAGCUCUAGGUGCCUUUUAUUGAUAUUAACCCCAUGUCCUGGUACCUCCUCAUUACCUUUUAGCACUAGUUGCUUCUCUAAUUGAUGUUAGUUGGCAUUUCUCUGUGUGAUCCAUUUUGAAUAGUUAUUGACUUUGUAACAGAAAUGAUGUGCAUGUAAAUACAGCUUGAUUAAACUCUUGGAUUUAUCAA